AGUCCGCCCGGCGGCUUGUUGCCCCGGCGGCGUCUACCAACCUGCUGCCGGGACCAAAGCUGGCCCCGCGGGUGUCUGGCCUCCGGGCAGCCGGACCGACACGAUGUGGCGGCUCCGCUGCAAGGCCAAGGACGGGACCCAUGUUUUGCAGGGGUUGUCCAGCCGGACCCGGGUGCGGGAACUCCAGGGCCAAAUUGCCGCCAUCACCGGGAUCGCCCCCGGCUGUCAGCGAAUCCUCGUAGGAUACCCGCCCGAAUGCCUGGAUCUCAGCAACGAGGAUACCAUUCUUGGGGAUUUGCCCAUCCAGUCAGGCCGGCUUGGGACACUCUUCACUUCCCUUCACUUCCCCUCUGGGAGCCCCUUUCACCGCCCCUGCACCUUGCUUCAGGCGAUGCCCAGGAGCGAGCUGUGGCCAGAGGGGCCUGGCUCGGAACCUGUGACCCGCGUCAGCAGCCGCGACAGCAUCAUGAGCACCGUGUCCACCCGCUCUGGAUCUAGUGACAGCAGCUACGACUUCCUGUCCGCUGAAGAGAAGGAGUGUCUGCUCUUCCUGGAGGAGACCAUCGGCUCGCUGGAUGCUGAAGCUGACAGUGGACUGUCCACUGACGAGUCUGAGCAAGACGCGGCCCCCCGCGGCCCCCGAGCACGGCCCAUAAUCCAGCCUGCUCCCCAGGGAUAUCCAGGGGAGAAGAUCAUUCCGCAAGGACCGGAGCCAAGGAGGGGAACUCAGUCCAGCUCACCCCAUCUGCCUGAGCCCCAAGGCCUGGGCCUCAGGUCUGGCUCGCAUAGCCUCCCCAGAAAUAUCCACAUCGGCAGGAAGCAGGACCUUGGGGAAGGCACCACUCAGACCAGUAGCCACAUCCCGGGGGAACCUGAGGGGGCUGACCCAGAGCCCAAAAGAGAGCAGGCCGGCCAAAGUGGUGAGUGCAGCCAGACUCUGGCUGGCCCCCCGACGCCUGCCCCUGAGUUGGACCCAGUACCCAUCCCUCCACCAGAGGCCUUUCGGGACGCCCAGCCAGAGCAGCGUGGGGAAGGUGACCUGCCCACGGGGCCAGGGCCGCAGAGCCAUACGCUCCGGCUUCAUCAGUCACCCAGCCUCCUGGAGAGAAAGGAGACUUCCUUGGAGGCCAUGUCCCAAAAAGCCACUGAGAAAGGCCCAACAGGGGCACCAGAGCAGCUUCAGCCUUCUUCCGCCACAUCGUCUCAGAGUGUGAGAGCCGAAGAUGCUUCCAUCCCAUCCGGGGGGGACACUGGCUCCCGGCCAGCUCCCUUCACAGCUCCUAAGCCCAGGAAGCUGCCACCCAAUAUCGUCCUCAAGAGCAGUCGAAGCAGUUUUCACAGUGAGCCCCACAGCUGGUUGUCUCGGCACUCUGAGGCCACCCCCGGAGAUGCCUGCCCGGCCUCCUCCUCGCUGCAGGAACAGAAGAAGGCGCGCCGAGAGGCCCUGGAGAAGCUUGGGCUACCCCAGGACCAGGAAGAGCCUGGCCCCCACUUAAGUAAACGCACCAGCUCCACCCGGCUCAAGGAGACCCAUGCCCAGGCCCCCUUCCCAGCUCCAGCUCUGGCUCAGCCGCCGUGGCCCGCUCAGGGCACAGCCGCUGCGCCUGCUGGAGGGAAGACUCCGGCUCCCGCUCCGACUCAGGGACCUUCUCCAGCGAAGGCUCAGGCUCCAACUCCAGCUCAGGGUCGUUCUCCAGGCAAGGGUUUGAUUCCUUCCCAGGAGUCCACUCCAGGCAAGUCUCCGGCUGCCAAAUCCAUGCCAAUUCCCAUCCCAAAGGGCCCUAGGGCAGGUGGUCCCCUGACGCAGCCAAAGCCAGACUCAGGGCUGAGUCUCCAGGAGAGCAACAUCCCCGGCGUGAGACAGAUGAACUUCAAGUCCAACACUCUGGAGCGUUCGGGAGUGGGGCUGAGCAGCUACCUCUCGGCCGAGAAAGAUCCCAGCCCCAAAACCAGCACCUCUCUGGGCAAGGGCUCCUUCUUGGACAAGAUGUCUCCCAAUGUCUUGCGUAACUCGAGGCCCCGGCCUGCCUCCUUGGGCAUGGGGAAGGACUUUGCUGGGAUCCAGGUGGGCAAGUUGGCUGACCUGGAGCAGGAUCAGAGCACGAAGCGCCUGCCCUACCAAGGACAAAGCCGUGAGAAGUUGCCCCGACCCCCCUGUGUCAGUGUCAAGAUCUCCCCCAAAGGCGUCCCUGAUGAGCACAGAAGGGAGGCUCUGAGGAAGCUGGGACUGUUGAAGGAGUAGUCACGGGCCACCAGCAUGGCCCCGCCAUCCCCUCCUCGCCUUCUGCCACACAGGAGGCGCAGGUCCUCUCCCAGCCAACAGCUCAGGGCUUGGACAAGGGUGGGCUUCUCUCCAGCGUGUGCCUCUCUCUGAGGUACAGGGAUUGGAUUCCAGCGUACGCAUAUGUUUAUAUUCAGAGUGGUUGUGUCAGUGAGUGCCUGCCCAAAUCAUCCUGAAGAUGAUUUCAACAAGAUGGUGUGUGUGUGUGUGUGUGUGUGUGUGUGUGUGUAUACUAUAGGCUGUAUAUAUAAUUGAAACUAUUUAUAUGACACAAGGAGGCAUCCCUCAAGAGUUCUGCUUGUGUUGGAGAUUUUCUCACACUGAGUAGAGCUCAGCCCAGCCAGAACUGAGGGGAGAGAGGGUGCUGAGCCUGAGGUAAAAAAGGUCAGAUGAGACAGUGGAUAUGUCAGGGACAUUAGGCAAAUGCAGUGUCGUGUGAAAUGUGGGUCUCCCAGAAUGCCCGCGUGGAAGGGGACUGGCUCAUAUCUUGCAGGAUCCCUCUCUUGGUUCUGGCCUUCUGGACAGGGGCCAGGAGGAGUAGGUCUGUCAUCUUCUCUCCAGUCCCAAGGUUAGGAUGCGACCCUGUAACUAAAACUGUCCAUUGGCUGAGAUCAGAAGAGCUCUGGUUGGCCUGAGAAGGCAAGAUAGGUGACCACACAGCACACAUCCACUGGGGAGGACCCCUGUCCAUGGGCUUGAUGAAUUUAUCAUGAUAACCCGUGCAGUGACCCUUGACUCGACAUCCCUAUUCUCCCGCUCCUGCUCUCAGCCUGCAUGUGACUGACCCCAGGGCCGGGCCAACAUUGAGAUGGGAGUCUGAGCCCAAAGGCUUUAUAAAUACCAAAGAACUGUUUGAGGCCUUAUCUAUGCUGCUGCGCAUAGUUUUUUCCAAUUUCUAUGGGAAGGCAACACAGCACAUUUUCUGCUAGUUACUCACAGAAUAUCAGAGCUGGGAGGAAUCUCAGAGACAAGACUCUCGUGACCCAUGCUGCUGGGGAAGGGAAGGGACUCAUCUGCGAUCACUCUGCUGUUCAGUGACAGAGCAAGGACUCUGCCUCCUUAUUCCAUGCUGCCUGCUGCCUCCCUCAAACAGUGCUUCUGUACGUCCACACAGCACCCUGAGGAUUGGUAGUCACUAUCAAAGGCUCAACCCUAAAGCCCUUCAAGAUCCUAAAGUGUCUUCUGAAACAGCAGACAUUAAAUAUUGUUCAAGAUCA